AGCCUGCUCUAUGCCACACUGCAAGACGGGACCAAUCACAGGCGAAUGCUACCAUCUACUGUAACCUGUGCUUGUCUCAAAGUGCCCAGGGAAUGAUUGGGCAGUAUAAAGCAACGAGUCGCUCCCUACGGCUUAAAGUCGACUUACCUUACCAUUUCAAAAUGAAAGAUUGAAUGACGCAACUAUGGUUAGGGACGCAAGCCUUGAGUCUGUUUUGCCCUUUCAAGGGGUAAACAUGGAUGAGGGUAUAGAUUCCAUCCAACUUGAUUUUAAAAACCCAUUGCCUUGGGUAAUGACUCGGCACCGUCUGAAUAUCAUCAAGUGUCUCAGCUGUGGACCUCGAGGUGACGCCAAUGAAGCGCGCCAAAUGCGCGAGAUUGGAGAUCGACACUUUCGAAUACAUCUUGUCGAGCUACAUCGAAUGCGCUUGAGGACACUUCAGUGCAAGCUCGUGGGACAUUCAGUGAACAUGCGGUUCAAAAAUGGCGAAAACGUGGCUGGAUGGGAGAAGGACCUGAAGGAGUACGUGGAAGCAUUGCGGGAUUAUGAUUAUAUACAAGAAUGUGCCCAAAGAGAUCGAGACCCAUUCUACGUCACCGCAGAAAGAAUUACUGAUGACGAAAUCAUGCAAGCUGCAAUAGAGCAUAUAAACCUAGGACUGUUCAACCCACUCAACGACUGCCGCCCAAUCGAAAAAUGGGAAACUGUGAAUACACCAAUUGGAGGGACGCGAGGCGAGCAUAUAAAGAGGACUUGGCUGGGAAAGUUCAUAUGGCGUCUAAUAUUCGCAAUAUUUGGGAGCGGAUUCCUUAUCGGGCCAAUGUGGUUAAUGGUUCUACAUAAUUCUCGGAUCAUCUGCUUGGCAUCAACAACAGGGUUCGUCGCUUUAUUCGGCUUCAUCAUGGCGAUGUUGCUGGAGAAGAAUAUUGACGUCCUUUCUUCUACAUCUGCCUACGCCGCCGUGUUGGUCGUUUUCGUUGGACUGGCUGUUCAACAAUAGUGAGUAUCAUCUCGUAACAUAAAAGCGAUCUACUAGAACAAUAUGAGGUUCCCUACAUACUCAAAUACCUACGAUUAACUCUAAGGACACCUUGAGACGGGUAGUAUAGGAAUUUACAAGGCACAUUCUCAGAUACAAGCACUACAACAACGAAAUCAAGCAUAUAAUAUCAAUGCAACAUCAAACCAAUACUAUAAGAUCCAGGGGUUUGUCAUGAAUCAAUUCGUAUCUAUGUUGCAAUAGGAUCAUUAAAGGCGACGCACUUUAUGUGUCAGUCUCUCCACACCUCCAGCUAAGCCGAACAUAAUAAUCCGGCGCAAAUAAAAUGGGACAAAGAGAGGUAAGCUAAUACAUAGCAAAUUUGGAUGUAGGAAGCGGACGCAUCGUCUCAUGUUAAACAACGUAAGCCCCUCCAACUCCUAA